GUCCAAGCGACCUGCCUCACACUGACGGCAAUGACGAUUGAUCGGUACUACUUGAUCGUUCAUGCUGUCAAAUCUAGAAACACACGAACCACGCUAAGAGCAGCAGUUAUCAACAUGUCUAUAUGGGCCAUUUCAUUUCUUCUCCAUCUUCCAGUUGUCAUCUACACGGAACUCAGAGUGGACAAUAAUUAUACACUCUGCUCUCCUAAAUUCCCAUGGAAAAAAGCGGGGGAUUAUUACCCUGUGUUUGCUGCGUUUGAGCUCUACGUCGUUCCAUUAAUUGUCAUCAUGGCAUGCUAUGUGCAGAUUCUACUUCAGGUUUGGCAGAAAACGUCAGGAGGUACCGAAAGUGCGCAGGCACAUGCGAGAGCUCUACGAAGGAAAAAGAAAAUAACCCGAAUGGUGUUUAUAGUUGUGGUUCUAUUUGCAUUUUGCUGGGCACCAAUUCACACGUUUAACAUCAUGUCAGCAUCUAAGGCAGAGGUAAUAAUUUCAAACUAUGGUAUUUCACAAUGGUGGAAGAUAUUCUUUCUUACGCUGGCGUAUGCGAAUUCUUGCAUCAAUCCCUUUGUCUACGCAUUUACAACGACAAGUUUUAAGAAAUACUUCAAGAGUGUCUUUGGUGCAACGUGCGGGCAAUACUCAAGAGAAGGACACGCCAUGAGUAUCAGCAUGGAGACAAAAACAGAGCGCAUCACAACUAACUCAAAUAAAGAAGACUCGUCGUUAUGACUAAAGAUGAUGUGCUUCAGGCACUCUGAAAAGAGCAGAAUAUCGAGGGAACGAAGAACCACAGCUCUCAACGAAUCUUCUUCAGGCGAAGAGGUCUGAAAUGAAAGCAAGGCUGCUUGGGACGUCCGAACGUACUGUGCCACGAUUCGAAGACGUGAUAACACCAGACAACUUUAAAUCGAUAGUCCCAAGAAA